AUGGAAGAGAAGAAGGAGGAGAAGACAAGGCCGAACUCAAAGUUUUCAACUCUAUCCAACCCGAAGGCCGAAGGCGUGCUCUGCAAAGCUACCGCACAUCAAAAGGGACUUCGAGAAUUCCUCGGCGAAGUUCAGAAGAGUCACAUUUCCUUCGAGCAGUGGAUCUUCAUGAUUCGAAAAGAGGACUUUCCAGAUGCAGGUUGGGAUAUUGAGCUGUCUGAUGCCUUCCUUCCGCUCAACGAGAUCAGACCGGCACGAGCUUGUGCCACACUGAUGAAGCCUCAGGUGUGCAAUUCGCAGCAGUGCCAUCGACAUUUUCUUCGUUUGUAA